UCUAUAGACUAGUCGAUAAGAAUCGACUUUCCUCAGUAGAAAAAGUGACGGUGCGAUUCGUCGCUAAGGAUCGACGAAUAGUCUGCGACCAUGUUGGAACUAGCAGACAAUGCUGAAACAAGCUGAGAACCUUAUUUGUUACAUUGAUUGAUAAAAUUUAAAAUACGUCAUAGUUUGUGAAUUUUAAGUACAGUGAGGCAUCUAUCAUAUAACAAGUGCACUAGUUUUUUAUUUUCAAUUAUUCAAAAUUUUUCGAUAUGGAAAAUUACGUGAAAGGAGUUAAUAUUGAUCCAGAAAUUAGCCUUUCUGAAUUACCUUUCAAUUAUUUGCCACCUGGUGUGGUUUGGAUGAAAGUAAGGCCAGGUAGUAAGAUGACCAACCUCAUUGAGUAUGCCUUAAAAUCUAUGGAGGAAUGUAGAAGCCAAGUAUGGACAGGAGUGGGACCUGCGAUUGGAAAAUGUAUUAGUUGUGUGGAAAUCAUGAAAAGAAAAAUCCCAAACUUGCAUCAGAUUACUAAAAUUUCUUACCAUAAAUGUGAAGAAUAUUGGAACCCCAAGAACAAUGAACUUGAUCCAAUCAGAAUUGUUCGUAACAUUCCAGUUUUACAUGUAUUGUUGUCAUCCGAUUCACUGGAUUCUACUGUACCAGGAUAUCAACUUUCCCAGCCAUCUCAGAAUAUUAAUUUCCGGCAGGUAAAGAAAAUAACUACGAAACGGAAACUGAGAAACAAACGGGAAACCAGUACACCAUAAA